AUGUACGAUUUCCUGGCGAAAGUCGUGCUCCUCGGCCCCUCGGGCGCCGGCAAGUCAUGCCUCCUCCACCGGUUCGUCAAGCAAGAAUGGCGCGUGCUAUCGUCGCAGACCAUCGGCGUCGAAUUCGCCUCCAAGAUCGUCAAGGUCGGCUCCGGCCCUACACGCCGCCGCAUCAAACUGCAACUGUGGGAUACCGCGGGCACAGAACGCUUCCGCUCCGUCAGUCGAUCGUACUAUCGAGGCGCCGCGGGCGCCAUUCUCGUCUACGAUGUCGCCAGCCUGGCCAGUUUCCAUGCGCUGCCGACGUUUCUGAGCGAUGCGAGGGCCCUGGCCAGUCCGAAUUUGACCGUGAUAUUGGCGGGGAACAAGGCUGAUUUGGCAGAGGCCAGAACGCAGGCGCAGGCGCAGAUACAACCGAAUUCAGUGCAGGGAAGCACUGGUACACCACAACAGCAACAACAACAACAACAAGAGCCCACACCAUCUGCCUCAAGCGUCUCAAGUAAACAGUCUUACUUCCCCUACGACGCUGGCGGGGCCGGCCUGUCGUCGUCAACCCGCUCUCGCGGCAAUUCUAUCAACAUCUCCCUGAAUACCGGCAAAUGGACCGCCACUACGACCUCGGACGGCCGCGAAGUCACCCCGGACAUGGCCUCUCGCUGGGCAUCCAAGGUCCACGUCCCCGUUACCAUGGAAGUGUCGGCGCUGACGGGCGAAAAUGUCGACGAACUCUUCAACCGCCUGGCCCGCAUGAUCCUCACCAAGAUCGAGCUCGGCGAGAUCGACCCCGACGACCCGGCCAGCGGCAUCCAAUAUGGUGAUGGCGGAGGCCCGUGGGACGGCGCCAGCACCCACUCGGGUGGCACAGCCGAUUAUGCGAGAGGGAGUACCCUGAGGAGACGGAAGAAACGAGGAGCUGGGCGCAAUGGCGUCCUGGCGGGGCUCAGUGAGUGGGAAGAUGUCUUUCGCCCGCCCGCGUCUCGAGGCGGACCACGAUGCUGCUGA